AUGGCUUCAUCCGCCGACAUGGCGUCGACCUCCUACUUUGGUCGGCCCGUAGCCAAGCACCGGCUUGCCACCGACUUCGACCUGCUUGUCAAGUGGUCCCGGGUCCUUGGAGCACGCCCGGAGAACCCCUCCUGCAUCCUGUCGCAGCUCUCCAAGGAAGACCAAGCUGCCCUGUUCUCUCCAUCAUUCGAGCAGUUCCGCAUCGUCGACGACGCGUCGGAGGGUCCCAAGAUUGAGAUCGUCCAGAACAAGCUGUACGAGCGACUUGGAGUCGCCCCUAUGGAUCCCGACCUGGCCGCCAUGAUGGUCUCUGACAACUACAAGCGUUCCGAGAAGUCUUUGUACGAUGUCGCCUGCCACCUGCGUGACGCCGAGGAGGAGUCUGGCGUUCUCUACGACUUUUGCCUCCAGAAAGCCAAAAACGCGGGCUGGACUGACUACGAAGCUCACCAGUACGCCAAGAUGUACCGGUCCAGGCAUUUCGUUCACAUUGUGCGCCGCCGGCAACAGGAGAUCAGAGACGAGAAGCGCAAGCUCACCAUUCCCGGCUAUACCCCGAUUGAGCGGGAUUUGAUUCCUGUGAUUGAAGACCCUCUUGAAGCUGCCUCAACCGCUGGGCUGCGGUCGUACUUUGCUGACCUUCCCGAGGCCACCUCGACCCUGGCAUCUGUCCGUCUUGCAGAGAAUGGCCCUCCCGCCUCAGCGUAUGCCGACCCGGCUUACGACCUUCAACAAAUACCAGUUUCUGCGCCUACCAGCAAUGUGGGACACAUGCAGGCCGCCCGUCACGAGUACCAUCCAUCAUCUUCUCCUCACGUCACCACAUCAGUUGUCGAUCAGUUGCGACUUGAAGACAUUCAGCUAUACCAGACGCCGUCGCCCGUUGGCGAGCACUCUCAGGCGAAUGCCACCCCUUUCACCCCAUCACCCGCUCCCAUGACCACGAAGGCCUCCUACUCUGGUUAUGUCUCGGGCGCCAGCGACACCUCCAUGGAGGCUCAAGCAUCUGACAACUCAGGCCAGUUCUCCGACGCAUCUUCUGCUGUUACAGAGAUGCCUGUGUAUGCUGCAGAUGACGACGAUUGUGAUGAUGCCGACGGCGGCGCCUUGUUGCCCAGAGACCUUGCUGAGUCGCUUGGAAUCCCCUCUCUGAUCCCUUACUCCUCACAUGUCACUCAACAACCUGUCUUUCAGACAAUGCCCACAGUUCCGCAGGGAGGCCUCUUGGGUGCCGGUCUGAGCGGAUACUGGCUUCCCGUGUACGCCGCUUCCGAUGUCGCUGAGGACGGAAACCAAAACUCCCCUGCGUUUCAGUUCCCCCCUCUGAACGCUCCUGUUGCCAAUACCGAGUGCAACAGCCCCGACCUUGUGCUCACCACCACUACUCAGUUUGGUGAUACCCAGUUGACGACUUUUCAGACUCCUGCCAAGGGCCCGCGGAAUUCCUUGUCUGAGAAUGUCAAGGUGACCCAGUACCCUGAGUCUCGACAGCAGCUGUGGAACGGAAUGACAUGUUACGAUGUCCCCUCAUCUGCCCUGGGCUUUUUGAAAAAGCAUCAGAUUUUUCCGACGUACUGGACCACCAAGCUGGGCAAGGAGCGCUUUCUGCGCCACAAGUUCAGCGAUUUGAAGCACGCAGAUGCCAAGGUCAUGCGUAACAAAUCCUUGGGCAAGGUUGCUCGCAAUCCUGUCUACAUUGUCGUCGACUUGUCCAACAUCAUUAUUGGCUUCUACGACAAGAUGAAGGAGAAGCGUGGCAUUCCCCUUGGCAGGCGCGUUAUUGCCCCUGCCUUCAGCUUCAAUAACUUCGACACGCUGCUUGCCCGCGAUCGGAGUGUCGGGAAGCGUAUUCUUGCCGGAUCACUUGGAAGCGCCACCAAGUCUUUGCCAAGCCAUGUCAAGCAAGCUGGCGCCAUAGGCUAUGAUGUUAACCUUUUGCAUCGUGUGUCCAAGCCAGUUUCGCCGCGUAAGAUGCGAGCGGAUCUUCAUUCGGACACUUCCAACGAUGACGACGACCUCUUUACCGGCCCCAUGAAGCUGGGCGAGCAAGGUGUCGACGAGGUUCUCCAUCUCAAGCUUCUUCAGCUUGAUUUUGAUCACAAGCCUGGCACCAUUUGCCUGGGCACUGGCGAUGCUGCGUCUGCCGAGUACUCUGACGGUUUUUUGAAGAACAUUGAGCGUCUCCUUGAGCGCGGCUGGCGUGUCGAGUUGUACGGAUGGGCUCAUAACAUUUCCUUUGCCUGGCGCGACGAGUUUGAGACCAAGUGGGCUGAUUUCUUCAAGAUCAUUGAGCUGGACGAGUUCUGUGAGGAGCUUUUUGACAUGACCGUUGAGUCCAUCCCGGACUCCAAACCGGCCUUUUAA